AUGGCUGCCGUUAAUGGUGUGAACGGCUCCAAAACGCCAAAUGGCACAACCAGUGCCUGGCAAGCAAAACAGACAGUGGCUUCCCACUUCAUUGGCGGGAACAAGCUGUCCAAGGCGCCCCCGAGCAAAGUGAAGGAUUUCGUACAUGCUAGCGAUGGUCACUCGGUCAUCACAAAUGUACUGAUAGCGAAUAACGGUAUUGCUGCAGUCAAAGAAAUUCGAUCAGUCCGAAAAUGGGCGUACGAGACAUUUGGCGACGAGAGAGCCAUUCAGUUCACUGUGAUGGCUACUCCAGAAGACCUGGGAGCGAACGCCGAUUACAUCAGGAUGGCUGAUCAAUACGUCGAGGUUCCUGGUGGCACCAACAACAACAACUAUGCCAACGUCGAACUUAUCGUCGAUGUAGCCGAGCGAGUCGGCGCCCAUGCAGUCUGGGCUGGUUGGGGUCAUGCCUCCGAAAAUCCAAAGCUUCCCGAAUCUCUCGCUGCCUCGCCGAAGAAGAUUAUAUUCAUUGGUCCUCCUGGCUCUGCCAUGAGAUCUUUGGGUGACAAAAUUUCCUCUACAAUCGUUGCACAACACGCAAAAGUGCCAUGUAUACCAUGGUCUGGUGAAGGUGUUGCUGAUGUUGAGGUUGACAAGGAUGGCAUUGUUACAGUCACAGACGAGACUUAUCAGAAGGGUUGUGUCAACUCCCCGGAAGAAGGUCUCGAAGCCGCAAAGAAAAUUGGCUUCCCUGUCAUGGUCAAAGCCUCAGAAGGAGGUGGUGGAAAAGGUAUUCGAAAAGUCGAAAAUGAACAGGACUUUGUUAGCCUGUACAACGCCGCAGCUAGUGAAAUUCCAGGCUCACCAAUUUUCAUCAUGAAGCUCGCAGGCAAUGCUCGACAUCUGGAGGUUCAAUUACUGGCUGAUCAGUAUGGCAAUAACAUCUCGCUGUUCGGCAGAGAUUGCUCAGUACAGAGAAGACAUCAGAAGAUUAUCGAGGAGGCACCAGUCACAAUCGCAGGUCCAGAGAUUUUCCGUGGCAUGGAGCAGGCCGCCGUUCGCCUUGGUGAACUGGUCGGCUACGUCUCUGCCGGUACUGUUGAGUACCUUUACUCGCACGCCGAUAAUGCCUUCUAUUUCCUCGAGCUUAACCCACGUCUACAAGUCGAGCAUCCUACUACCGAAAUGGUCAGUGGUGUAAACUUGCCAGCUGCUCAGCUACAGGUUGCUAUGGGUAUUCCACUACACAGAAUCCGUGACAUUCGUUUGUUGUACGGAGUGGAUCCUCAUACUACCACUGACAUCGACUUCCACUUCACAAAGCCAGAGACCUCGAAACUUCAAAGACGACCACAACCAAAGGGUCACUGUACCGCUUGUCGUAUCACCUCUGAGGAUCCAAACGAGGGCUUCAAGCCGUCUGGAGGUACUAUUCACGAUCUCAAUUUCAGAUCGUCCUCAAACGUCUGGGGUUACUUCUCCGUCAGUUCUGCCUCAUCUAUUCACAGCUUUUCCGACAGCCAGUUCGGUCAUAUUUUUGCUUAUGGCGAGAACCGAGCUGCUUCACGAAAGCACAUGGUAGUUGCCCUGAAGGAACUGAACAUUCGUGGAGACUUCAAGACUACAGUCGAAUAUUUGAUCAAGCUGCUCGAGACUCCAGCGUUCGAAGGCAACACGAUCACAACUGGCUGGCUCGAUCAACUGAUCACCAACAAAUUGACUGCAGAGAGGCCAGAUCCAACAUUGGCUGUACUUGCUGGUGCCACCGUCAAGGCUCACGUUGCCAGCGAGGGCUGCAUCACUGAGUACCGAAAGGGCUUGGAGAAGGGCCAAGUACCUUCCAAAGAUGUUUUGAAGACUGUCUUCCCAAUCGACUUCAUCUACGAUGGCCAACGAUACAAAUUCACUGCCACCAGAUCCAGCAAAGGCAGUUACCAUCUCUUCAUAAACGGCACCAAAGCUACUGUUGGAGUCAGGCCGUUGGCCGAUGGUGGUCUUUUGAUGCUUCUUAGUGGAAAGUCACACAGUCUUUACUGGAAGGACGAGCCUGGUGCCACUCGUGUCAGCGUUGACGGCAAGACAGCUCUUCUUGAGCAGGAGAACGACCCUACACAGCUUCGAACUCCAUCUCCUGGUAAGCUGGUCAAGUUUACUGUCGAGAAUGGUGAGCACGUCAGCGCUGGUCAACCUUUCGCUGAGGUUGAAGUCAUGAAGAUGUACAUGCCUUUGAUCGCAUCAGAAGACGGUAUCGUGCAGUUCAUUAAGCAGCCAGGAGCCACUCUCGAGGCUGGCGACAUCCUUGGUAUCCUUGCUCUCGAUGACCCUUCACGUGUCAAGACUGCACAGCCAUUUAUUGGCAAGCUGCCAGAUUUCGGUCCUCCUCAAUUCCUAGGUAACAAACCACCACAAAGAUUCGCUCUGGCCUACGAUGUCCUCAACAGUAUUCUUGAGGGCUACGAUAACCAGAUCAUUAUGGCUCAGACAUUGAAAGAUCUCAUCAGUGUGCUUCGAGAUCCCGAGCUGCCAUAUGGUGAGUGGGCUGCACAAGCUUCGGCACUUCAUUCGCGAACACCUCAAAAGUUGGAUGCCCAGCUUGAAGAUACUGUGAAACGCGCUCAUGCACGCCACUCGGAUUUCCCUUCGAAGCAGCUGCUGAGAACUUUGACCAAGUUCUUGGAAGACAACCUCUCACCGGCCAAUGCUGCCACACUUCGAACCACUCUCCAACCACUACUUGAUGUCAUCAACAAAUACAUGGACGGCCUGAAAGUGCACGAGUACCGCAUCUUUACUUACUUCCUCGAUCAGUACUAUGCUGUGGAGAAGCAAUUCUGCUCUGGUGUCCUCAGAGACGAAGAUGUAAUUCUCAAGCUUCGUGAGGCAAACAAAGAGGAUGUCAUGCCAGUCGUGCAGCAGGUACUUUCUCACACCAGAGCUGCCACUAAGAACAACCUCAUCGUGGCUAUCCUGGAUGCGUACCGACCAAACCAGCCUGCUACCAGCGAUAUGGCCAAGUAUUUCAAGCCAUCUUUACGACGACUGACUGAACUUGAAGGCCGAGUCACUGCUAAGGUCGCUCUCAAAGCCCGAGAACUCUUGAUCCAAGCUGCUCUUCCUUCACUCGAGGAGAGACGAUCGCAGAUGGAGCACAUUCUCAAAUCUGCUGUCAUGCAAUCAAGCUAUGGUGAGUCUCGCCAAGGUCAUCGGGAGCCAGAUUUGGAUGUCUUGAAGGAGGUUGUUGACUCUCAGUACACUGUCUUUGACGUGUUGCCAUCGUUCUUUGCUCAUUCAGAUCCAUGGAUUGGCCUUGCUGCUUUGGAAACAUAUAUUCGACGAGCUUAUCGUGCCUAUACUGUAAAAGAGGUGGAGUAUCACAAUGACGUGGAACCACCCUUUUACCUCUCGUGGGACUUUGUGCUUCGACGUGUUGGUCAGUCUGAAUUUGGUCUGCCACUACAAUCGUCCUACCCAUCACAGCCUGGGACACCAGCACGCAGCACCGAUGCCUUCAAGCGAGUCACAUCUGUCAGCGAUCUUUCAUACUUGAAUAAGGUCAUGGAUCCUGAUGAGCCCACCAGAAAGGGUGUCAUCGUUGCUUGUCAAUACCUUGACGACGCUGACGAGGUGAUGGCUCGUGCACUUGAGGUCUUCCCCAGAGGUGUAGCCUCACGACCUAGCGUCUCGUCACUCGCUCUACCAAGUGAGCGUCGUGGAUCAACCAAGCCUAAUGUCGACGAUGACAGUGACCUUACUGGUGUCCUGAACAUUGCCAUUAAGAAUGAUGAAGGCAUGAACGACGAAGACUUGCUUGGCCGAGCCGCAGCACUGAUUGACGAUUACAAGGGUGACCUUGCAGCACGAAAGAUUCGACGAGUUACAUUCAUCUGCGGUCACAAGGAAGCUGCUUAUCCAGGCUACUUCACAUUUAGAGGACCCCUCUACAACGAAGACCUUGGCAUGCGACACGUCGAACCUGCACUUGCUUUCCAACUUGAGCUUGGACGUCUCUCAAGAUUCCAGAUCAAGCCUGUCUUCACGGAGAAUCGCAACAUUCAUAUCUUCGAGGCUUAUGGAAAAGGCAAUGAGAAUGACAAGGUCAUUGACAAGCGCUACUUUACACGUGCUGUCGUGCGCCCAGGUCGAUUGAAGGACGACAUUCCUACUGCCGAGUAUCUCAUUGCUGAGACUGACCGACUGGUCAACGAUAUUCUUGAUGCUCUUGAGAUUAUUGGCAACAACAACUCGGAUCUCAACCACAUCUUCAUCAAUUUCACUCCAGUUUUCCCACUUCAGCCAAAGGAUGUUGAAGAACAGCUUGCUGGUUUCUUGGAACGAUUUGGUCGAAGACUUUGGCGCCUUCGUGUAACGAACGCUGAGCUUCGUAUUCUGUGCACUGACCCAGAAUCCGGACUGCCAUUCCCUCUCCGUGUUAUCAUCAAUAACACAUCUGGAUUUGUGGUCAAGGUCGAGUCGUAUGUCGAACGAAAGUCGAAGAAUGGAGACUGGAUCUUCGAGAGUAUUGGCGGCACCCAAGUGGGAGCCAUGCACAUGCGACCAGUGUCGACACCAUAUGCUAUCAAGGAGUGGCUACAGCCCAAGCGAAACAAGGCUCAUUUAAUGGGAACCCAAUAUGUUUACGACUUCCCAGAGCUGUUCAGGCAAGCUAUUCAGAACAGCUGGUCCAAGGCUACUGCCAAGUAUCCUGCCCUGGCCGAAUCACGACCUGAAGUUGGCACUUGCAUCGAUUACAAGGAACUCGUGCUCGACGAUGCCGACAACCUAAGCGAGGUUGCACGUGAGCCAGGCACCAACAAUUGCGGUAUGGUCGGCUGGCUUAUCACAGCUAGGACACCUGAAUAUCCUCGAGGACGACGAUUUGUUGUGGUUGCCAACGAUAUCACGUACCAAAUUGGUUCAUUUGGUCCGACAGAAGAUGCGUUCUUCAACAGGUGCACUGAACUCGCUCGCAAGCUUGGUGUACCACGCAUCUACCUGUCCGCCAACUCCGGUGCUCGUAUUGGUAUGGCUGACGAGCUCAUCCCACACUUCUCGGUCGCCUGGAAUGAUCCCAAUAACCAAAAUGCUGGUUUCAAGUACCUCUACCUAACACCAGCAAAGAGAAAGACCCUGGCAGAAAAGGAUGUGCUCACUGAAGAGAUCGAAGACGAAGGAGAAACCCGACACAGGAUCGUCACGAUUGUUGGUGCCAAGGAUGGUCUUGGUGUUGAAUGUUUGCGAGGCUCUGGUCUCAUCGCUGGUGCCACAUCCAAGGCAUACGAAGAUAUCUUCACAUUGACUCUGGUCACUUGCCGAUCGGUCGGUAUUGGUGCUUACCUUGUCCGACUUGGCCAACGUGCCAUCCAGAUUGAGGGUCAGCCAAUUAUCCUCACUGGUGCACCUGCCUUGAACAAGGUAUUGGGACGCGAGGUGUACACCUCCAACCUCCAGCUUGGUGGCACACAAAUCAUGUACAAGAAUGGUGUCUCCCAUAUGACGGCGAACGACGACUUCCAGGGUGUGGAACAGAUUGUUGAUUGGCUCUCAUUCGUGCCAGACAAGAAAGGCAACCCUGUUCCGAUCAGUCCCUCUGUUGACCUCUGGGAUCGAGACAUCACGUUCUUCCCACCAGGUCGAUCGGCACCGUAUGAUGUCCGUCACCUCAUCGCAGGUGCCGAGACUGCAGAUGGUUUCCAAUCUGGUCUCUUCGACAGAGGAUCUUUCACCGAAGCACUUGGUGGCUGGGCGAGAACCGUCGUUGUUGGUCGUGCUCGUCUUGCCGGUAUUCCAAUGGGUGUCAUCGCAGUUGAGACUAGAACUGUUGAGAACGUCACACCUGCAGACCCUGCCAACGCUGACUCUAUGGAGCAAGUCGUGCAAGAAGCUGGCGGUGUCUGGUAUCCGAAUUCCGCCUUCAAGACUGCUCAAGCCCUCAAGGACUUCAACUACGGUGAGCAGUUGCCGGUCAUGAUUCUGGCCAACUGGCGUGGUUUCUCUGGUGGUCAGCGAGACAUGUACAACGAAGUGCUCAAGUACGGAUCGUACAUUGUCGAUGCUCUUGUCAAGUACGAGCAGCCUGUAUUUGUCUACAUUCCACCAUUCGGUGAGCUUCGUGGUGGUUCCUGGGUCGUUGUUGAUCCUACCAUCAAUCCUGAGCAGAUGGAGAUGUAUGCUGAUGAGGACGCUCGUGGAGGUGUUCUAGAGCCAGAAGGUAUUGUUGGUAUCAAAUACCGCAAGGAGAAGCAGCUUGAGACCAUGGCCAGAUUGGAUCCAGAAUAUGCUCAACUUAGGGCACAGUCUGUUGCUAAGGGCAUCACUGCUGAGCAGGCAUCCGAGAUCAAGUCCAAGAUGACUGAGCGAGAGAACCUGCUAGGACCAGUCUACCAGCAGGUUGCGAUCCAGUUCGCGGACUUGCACGAUCGAGCUGGUCGUAUGCAAGCCAAGGGUGUCAUUCGAAUGGGUCUUCACUGGAAGAAUGCACGACGAUUCUUCUACUGGCGUCUUCGACGAAGACUUUCUGAGGAGGUCAUGCUCAAGAGAAUGUCUUCCGUCAACAGCGCAACACCGUUGACAUCGGCUGAGCGUAUCGUUCAGCGAGACCAACAUCUUGCAAUGCUCAAGGCGUGGUCUGGUAUGCUCGAUGUUGAGUUCGAUCGUGAUGACAAGAAGGUCGCCGAGUGGUACGAGAGCCACAGAAAGGACAUCUACGCUAGAGUUGAUGCUGUCAAGAGCGAUGCAAUCAGCAAGAAGGUUGCAGAGUUGAUGAUGGCAAACAAGGAAGGUGGCUUGAAGGGUGUUAGAGAAGUGCUCAGCUUAGUUCCUACAAGCGAGCGAGACAACUUGGUCAGGUACCUGACAGGUGCUUAA